AUGUCUUUUAGACCAACGACUCAAAAGCAACCAAAGCCCACCAAGCAAGCCAGGCGAUACAGAGCUGGUCAAGUGCCCGAGAACUAUGUCGAUGAUUUGAGUGAUUCAGAAUCUGGUCAAGAAUCAGAGCAAGAGCAAACAGAGGCACCACAGCAAUUGCGAAAGAAGAGAGGCGAGUUGACAUUUGCUCAAAAGGAAAUCAAUACAGGCGUUCAGCAAACAGCGAUAUUAGACAAAGAUGUUGGUAGCGAUAGAAGAUUAAGGCGUUUACAACAAGCUCGGCAAUCGAUGGGCGAUAGUGAAGAUAGAAGAAGAAGGCGCCAGGCCUCUUCUUCAGAUAAUGAAGACGAUGAUCAAGAGAGCGAUGAGGAUGAAAAGGCGAGAGAAAGAAUACGAAUGAAGCAGCGAGCCCUACAACAACAGCAAAUGGAUGAGUAUCAGCAAGAGAACAAAGAGGAUGAAGGGGGAAAGGGGCUUGGCCGCAUUGGACAACAGACUGAAGAAGAGGAAGAGAGCUCAUCUGAAUACGAAUCAUCCAGUGAAGAGGAAGAUACCAUUGCCAGUUUACCGAAACCAGUCUUUAUCCCAAAAGCUCGCCGAGAAACCAUUUUGCAACAAGAGAAACUGUCCAAAGAGGCUGAAGAACGUGAAAAGAAGUUGGAAGAGGAACUGGAAGCCAGAAAAAAACAAUCGCAUGACAUGCUGGCUGAGGAACUCAAGCGUGAACAGGAAGAAGCUGCUCACAAAGAUACCAACGAGUACGAACAAUCUGUGGAUGAUACGGAUGGCUUGGACGAAGAGGCUGAAUUCAAUGCUUGGAAAGUAAGAGAAUUGACUCGUAUCAAGCGAGACAGAGAGGAGCGUAUUGCGCGUGAAAAGGAAGAAGAGGAGCUGGAGCGUAGGAGAGCACUACCUGAGGAAGUUCGCUUAAAGGAGGAUCUAGAGAGAGCUGAAGCAAGCAAAAACAAGGACAGAGGACAGCACACGUUUAUGCAGAAAUACUACCAUAAAGGUGCAUUUUAUCAAGACGAUUCUGAGGUGCUUCAGCGAGAUUACUCUGCACCCACAGUAGAUGAAGUGCGAAACAAGGAUGUGCUUCCCAAAAUCAUGCAGGUCAAGAAUUUUGGUUUGGCUGGACGCACAAAAUACACACAUUUAGUGGACCAAGAUACAUCAAGUCGAGACUCGCCUUGGGAGAAACCAUUAGCUAAACGCAGAAGAAAGAAUGAUCAAGAUAAAUAUUAA